CUAAUUUUUUCUGGUUCAUCUGUCUUCCCUCACCCAAAAAAAAAAAAAACAAAGCAGAAUAAAAAAGCUAGAGGUCUUUCUUUCCUCGAUAUCCGCCGCUUCAAUCCCCUAAUUAUCUUCACUUUCUUUCGAUCUCUUGUUGAAAAAUCUGCUCACUUGAAGUUGAAGCAUUUUCAUCAAUGCCCCCGUAAACCCUAGUGCAAUUUCAGUGAAGCGGCUGCUUUGAGUGGGUUUCCUUCGCGUUCUCGCCGAUUUUCUCGAGAAUUCCCCAGGGAAGAUGAAGAAUUCCCAUCUGGGUAUUCUCUCUUUUCUCGUCUCUGUGCUGGGUCUCGCUGAUUUCUCCGUUUCGCAGUCCAGCCCCGAUGCUUCCUCCAUGCAAGCUCUCAAAUCGAGUCUGAAUCUCACCUCCUACGUCGAUUGGUCCGACCCGAACCCGUGCAGAUGGUUAUCUGUUCAAUGCGACAGCAGCAAUCGGGUCACACGAAUUCAGCUGAAGAGCAAAGGGAUCCGUGGGACUCUUCCUCCCGAUCUUAAGAAUCUCACUUCCCUAACUGUUCUCGAGUUCUUCGCAAAUCAGUUGUGGGGUCCGGUUCCGGAUCUUUCGGGUCUGUCGCAGUUGCAGAGGCUGAACCUUCGCGACAACCAGUUCACUUCGGUCCCUAAUAAUCUCUUCGCAGGUAUGACGAUGCUGCAGGAAGUGUAUCUCGACAAUAACCCGUUAUCUUCGUCAGUAAUUCCCGAUAGCAUUAAGGACGCGACGUCUCUGCGAGUGUUUUCCUUUAUCAAUUGCAACAUUUAUGGGAAAAUCCCAGAAUUUUUCGGCGGCCAAACACUUCCCAAUUUGGUGAAACUCCGUUUAUCUUACAAUAAGCUCGAGAGCGAAUUGCCAAUGAGUUUUGCGGGCUCGUCGAUCCAGUCUCUCUGGCUGAAUGGACAACAAAGCACGGGGAAGCUAAACGGUUCGAUCUCAAUUUUGCAGAACAUGACUGCGUUAAAUGAGGUUUGGUUGCAUGGAAACCAAUUCUCUGGCUCGAUCCCUGAUCUCUCCGGUCUCCAGACUCUAAGGGACUUCAGUGUAAGGGACAACCAACUCACCGGUAUUGUUCCUCAGAGCCUCGUUGAAUUACCUAUGCUUCGUACUGUGAACUUAACCAAUAAUAUGCUCCAAGGGCGAGCUCCGAUGUUUGCCAAGGGUGUUCAAGUUGAUAUGGCCCCCCGCAUGAAUAGUUUCUGUUCGGAUGAUCCUAGUGUUGCCUGUGAUCCCCAAGUUGAUAUUCUGCUGUCUAUAGUCGAGGCAUUUGGCUAUCCAGCGAGGUUUGCGUCUAGUUGGAAAGGGAAUAAUCCGUGUGAUACUAAUAAUCUCUGGGAUGGGAUUUCUUGUAUGGGAAGUAACGUCACGACGAUCGUUUUCAAGAGCCGGGGUCUCUCAGGAACAAUAUCCCCGAAUUUUGCGAAGCUUACUUCAUUGGUAACCAUCAAUCUUGCUGAUAACGCACUCACGGGUUCUAUCCCGACUGAACUUGCUGCAUUGUCUAAGCUCAUUAAGCUUGAUGUGUCAAACAACCAUCUUUCCGGCAAAGUACCAAAGUUUAGGGAUGGUGUGGUUUUUCUGAGUGAAGGGAACACAAACUUGGGAAAGGACCUGGCCCCCGGUCUUCCCCCCUCGGGAACACCUUCCAGUAGCAAAGGUUCUGGAAAUGGUGGCAGGGACGGUUCUGGAAAUGGUGGCAGAGAAGGUUCUGGAAGUGGAAAUGCUGGGGAAGAUUCUUCUGAGAAAUCUACCAGUGUCAAGAUUAUUGGUUCUGUUGUUGGGGCCGUUGGUGCAUUGGGCCUGGUUGGAUUGGGCGUUUGCAUAUACGCCACGAAACGGAAACGGCCAGCUAGAGUUCAGAGUCCUACCCACAUGGUGAUACAUCCCCCAUACUCAGGUGACCAACCUGCCGUGAAGCUCACUGUUGCAGCUUCCAGUGUUAACGAUUGGGGGAGCGAGAGCUGUUACAGUCAUAUGAGUAACGGGGCAAGCGACGUCCGUGUUGUGGAGGCUGGUAAUAUGGUUAUAUCGAUCCAGGUCCUGAGGGACGUGACAAACAACUUCAGCGAUGAGAACAUUCUCGGGCAAGGUGGGUUUGGGACAGUCUACAUGGGUGAACUUCAUGACGGAACAAAGAUAGCCGUGAAAAGAAUGGAGUCGUCGGUUGUGAGUGACAAGGGUCUGGGCGAGUUCAAGUCUGAGAUCGCCGUCCUGACCAAAGUGAGACACCGUCACCUGGUUGGGCUACUCGGGUACUGCCUCGAUGGGAAUGAGAGGCUUCUUGUCUAUGAGUACAUGCCUCAGGGGACUCUCAGCCAGCAUUUGUUCCAUUGGAAGGAAGAAGGGCUUAAACCGCUUGAAUGGACGAGAAGAUUAUCGAUCGCAUUGGAUGUGGCCAGAGGAGUUGAAUAUCUGCAUACUCUUGCUCACCAGAGCUUCAUACAUAGGGAUCUAAAGCCGUCUAACAUUCUUCUGGGCGAUGAUAUGCGUGCCAAAGUUUCCGACUUUGGGUUAGUUCGUCUUGCCCCUGAUGGCAAGCAUUCCAUUGAGACUCGACUUGCUGGAACUUUCGGAUAUCUUGCCCCCGAAUAUGCAGUGACGGGAAGAGUAACGACGAAAGUUGAUAUCUUCAGCUUCGGGGUCAUACUAAUGGAACUCAUCACAGGCCGAAGGGCACUGGACGAGACACAGCCGGAAGACAGCAUGCAUCUGGUCACUUGGUUCCGCAGGAUUCACCAUGGCAAAGACCAAGACGCCUUCAAGAACGCAGUUGACAUCACCAUCCACCUUGAUGACGACACCCUCUCCAGCGUAGGCAAGGUCUCUGAGCUGGCCGGCCACUGCUGCGCCCGCGAGCCGUACCAGCGUCCGGACAUGGGUCACAUAGUCAAUGUCCUCUCCUCUCUCGUGGAACAGUGGAAGCCAUCGGAACCUGACCCCGACGACCUGGGCGGAAUCGACUACGACAUGCCAUUGCCGCAGGUGGUGAAGAAGUGGAAAGCCUUCGAAGGGCUUAGCAAUUUGGAGGAUUCAGGUUCGUCUUCCUCUGCUUGCGGAAGCAGCGACAAUACUCAGACGAGUAUCCCGACAAGGCCUUCUGGUUUCGCCGAUUCGUUCACGUCCAUUGAUGGACGCUGAGGAAAGUUUCUAGAACAUAUGUUUCCGUUUUAGAAUAAGACGGGAUAAUGUUUGUUUUAUAUAAAAUUUAAUAUAAUAUAACAUCGGAUUCCUUUUUUUUGUAAUGUUUCUUGAAUCUUUCUAGGACAUAUGUUUCCGUUUAGAAUAAGAUGGGAGAAUUGUUUUA